CUGAGGGCUUGGUCAGCUUAGGACCCAGGGUUCUCACUAACCCAGGGAAUCCCACCGGGGCCUGGCUGGGCAGGGCUCCACAGCCACGGGGUCUGCACUGACUGGUUGAGUGCCACCUAGAUCAUGCCUGGCUCCAGGACCAAGGCAGUUCACCCAGAAUCUAGGUCUACACUGACCCAAUCAGUAUAUCCCAUCCAGGAACUCUGCCUGCCUGCUGGGCCUUUGGGGCUAGGGAAGCAAGGGAAGGAGUUGACCAGAAAGGUCCUCUUUAGAAAAGACUCUCUUCUUGGCUUUUGGGUUUGGGGCUUUGUGGACCCUGAACGGUCCAUCUAAUUUCUGAGGCUGAAGUGGGGCAAUGGAGAAACAGUCCAGCCCUGUACAGACUCAGUCUCCACAGGUUCACUUAGACACUUCUUGGGACCCUAGAGUUGAAUGAGUGGCCGUGUAUAAUACAACCAGAGGAAGUACGCAUAGCCCUAGGCUGGAAGGGUGCCUCUUUCCCACUGCAGCCUCCCUGCCCCUUGCUUGGCCGCCCCUGAGUGUGGGGCGUCGGGGGGUGGUAGGGUUGGGUUUAUUUCUGUUCCCACUCCCCACUCUCCGGGGCCUGACACCUUCUCCUCCAGCAGCUGCAGAGCCAGGGCAUCGAGGGCUGGAGUGGAGCAGACACUGCCCAUGGAGCUGGUGGACAAGGUGGACAGGGGGCGGUGGUGAUGGCGCAGUUUGACACUGAAUACCAGCGCCUAGAGGCCUCCUACAGCGAUUCACCCCCCGGGGAGGAGGACCUGUUGGUGCAUGUCCCUGAGGGGAGCAAGUCACCUUGGCACCACAUCGAAAACCUUGAUCUCUUCUUCUCUCGAGUUUAUAAUCUACACCAGAAGAAUGGCUUCACUUGUAUGCUCAUCGGGGAGAUCUUUGAGCUCAUGCAGUUCCUCUUUGUGGUUGCGUUCACCACCUUCCUGGUCAGCUGUGUGGACUACGACAUCCUAUUUGCCAACAAGAUGGUGAACCACAGUCUUCACCCUACCGAGCCUGUCAAGGUUACUCUGCCAGAUGCCUUUUUGCCUGCCCAAGUCUGUAGCGCCAGGAUUCAGGAAAAUGGCUCCCUUAUCACCAUCCUCGUCAUUGCUGGUGUCUUCUGGGUUCACCGGCUCGUCAAGUUCAUCUAUAACAUUUGCUGCUACUGGGAGAUCCACUCCUUCUACCUGCAUGCUCUGCGCAUCCCCAUGUCUGCGCUUCCAUACUGCACGUGGCAAGAAGUACAGGCCCGGAUUGUGCAGACCCAGAAAGAGCACCAGAUCUGCAUCCACAAACGUGAGCUAACAGAGCUGGACAUCUACCACCGCAUCCUCCGUUUCCAGAACUACAUGGUGGCACUGGUUAACAAAUCCCUCCUGCCUCUGCGCUUCCGCCUGCCCGGUCUCGGGGAGGUUGUCUUCUUCACUCGGGGCCUCAAGUACAACUUCGAGCUGAUCCUCUUUUGGGGACCUGGCUCUCUGUUUCUCAAUGAAUGGAGCCUCAAGGCUGAGUACAAACGUGGGGGACAACGGCUCGAGCUGGCCCAGCGUCUCAGCAACCGCAUCCUGUGGAUUGGCAUCGCCAACUUCCUGCUGUGCCCCCUCAUCCUCAUCUGGCAGAUCCUCUAUGCCUUUUUCAGUUACGCCGAGGUGCUGAAGCGGGAGCCGGGGGCCCUGGGAGCACGUUGCUGGUCGCUCUACGGCCGCUGCUACCUCCGCCACUUCAACGAGCUGGAGCACGAGCUACAGUCCCGCCUCAACCGAGGCUACAAGCCCGCAUCCAAGUACAUGAAUUGCUUCUUGUCACCUCUGCUGACACUGCUGGCCAAGAACUGCGCCUUCUUUGCUGGCUCCAUCCUGGCCGUGCUUAUUGCCCUCACCAUCUACGACGAAGAUGUGUUGGCUGUGGAACAUGUCCUCACCACUGUCACGCUCCUGGGGGUCACCGUGACUGUGUGCAGGUCCUUUAUUCCGGACCAGCACAUGGUGUUCUGCCCUGAGCAGCUGCUCCGCGUGAUCCUCGCUCACAUCCACUACAUGCCUGACCACUGGCAGGGUAAUGCCCACCGCUCGCAGACCCGGGACGAGUUUGCCCAGCUCUUCCAGUACAAGGCAGUGUUCAUCUUGGAGGAGCUACUGAGCCCCAUUGUCACCCCCCUCAUCCUCAUCUUCUGCCUGCGCCCACGGGCCCUGGAGAUUAUAGACUUCUUCCGGAGUUUCACCGUGGAGGUCGUUGGUGUCGGAGAUACCUGCUCCUUCGCUCAGAUGGAUGUUCGCCAGCAUGGGCACCCCCAGUGGCUGUCCGGUGGGCAGACGGAGGCCUCAGUGUACCAGCAAGCCGAGGAUGGGAAGACAGAGUUGUCACUCAUGCACUUUGCCAUCACCAACCCUGGCUGGCAGCCACCACGUGAGAGCACGGCCUUCCUCGGUUUCCUCAAGGAGCAAGUUCAGCGGGACGGAGCAGCUGCAGGCCUUGCCCAAGGGGGUCUGCUCCCGGAAAAUGCACUCUUUACGUCCAUCCAAUCCUUACAAUCUGAGUCUGAGCCACUGAGCCUUAUUGCAAAUGUGGUAGCCGGCUCAUCCUGCCGGGGCCCCCCACUGCCCAGAGACCUGCAGGGCUCCAGGCACAGGGCUGAGGUCGCCUCUGCCCUGUGCUCCUUCUCCCCUCUGCAGCCUGGUCAGGCUCCCACAGGCCGGGCUCCCAGCACCAUGACAGGCUCUGGGGUGGAUGCCAGGACAGCCAGCUCCGGGAGCAGUGUGUGGGAAGGACAGCUGCAGAGCCUGGUGCUGUCGGAAUAUGCAUCCACCGAGAUGAGCCUGCAUGCCCUCUAUAUGCACCAGCUCCACAAGCAGCAGGCCCAGGCUGAACCUGAGCGGCAUGUGUGGCACCGCCGGGAGAGUGAUGAGAGUGGGGAGAGUGCCCCCGAAGAGGGGGGAGAGGGUGCCCGGGGCCCCCAGCCUAUCCCCCGCUCCGCCAGCUAUCCCUGUGCUGCAUCCCGGCCUGGAGCUCCUGAGACCACUGCCCUGCAUGGGGGCUUCCAGAGGCGCUACGGAGGCAUCACAGAUCCUGGAACAGUGCCCCGGGCUCCCUCUCACUUCUCUCGGCUGCCCCUUGGAGGAUGGGCUGAAGAUGGGCAGUCAGCAUCAAGGCACCCAGAGCCCGUGCCUGAAGAGGGCUCAGAGGAUGAGCUUCCCCCUCAGGUGCACAAGGUAUAGACGAGGCUGAGGGGGUCCCUAUGCCCCAGGAUGGAGGCCACCGUUGCCCUGCCAUCCCAUCCGCCUGCCAUGGAGGGCUCCUCUGACUGUUGCCUGGCUCCACGCGUGUGGUGUUUGUGUGUCUGUGCCUGGCCAAGGAAGGUGCCAAUGCUGGGCUCGCCACAGCCCCAGGAGAGAGAUUGGGGGCCUAGGAACCAGGGCACACAGGACUCUAGCCUCAUCCCCAGGACACCCCUUGGCUCAGAGUGUGGUGCUAGAAACUGGUCCCCAGCCCAGCCCCAGUACUGCCACCUUUGCACCCAACCCUGCAAGUCUCCAGAGGACUGCCCACCACAGAAGCUGCCAAGCAGGGAGAACCUGUGCCAACUGUGGAGUGGGGAGGUGGGCCUGGACCCUCAACCUCUGCAGCCGCCCUCCCCGCACCCUGAACAGAUGAGCAGCUCAGGCUGUGGCCCUUACCUCACCCCCAGUUCUCUCCCAGUGCUGCAGCCUGCUCACCUCUCCCCUGCUUCCUGCACAUCACUGGCAUGUGUGCCACUUGCUCCUGUUCUGUUCGCUUGUUCCCCUUCUGUUCGGCUUUUGCUUUGUCUUGGUGUGGAGGCUUUAGCUCCUAGCUCCCCUCAUGCUAUCUUUGGACACUAAGAAGGAAGUUUCUAAAUUGCAGGAGCAGGAUGGAAAUUCUUUGCUGCCCUCUCCAACUUUUAAGAUGGGUCCCCCGGGAGACUGAGGCCUUCCUGGCCCCUAUUGCUGCUUAUUGUACCCCGCCCCACCACCUGCACAUGGGAUGGACAGGGCUGGAAGUGUGCCCUCGACUGGCUGCCUAUCAGCAAGAGAGCUCUGGCCUGCAUCCCACUGUCCCUUGAGGGGGAUGGAGGGCCGACAGGACGGCUUCGCUUUGGGCUGCCGCAUUGCAUGCUGGGACCCGGCUCCUUCCCUUCGCCCCACCCCUCACCCAGCUGCGGUCCGCUGCGGGUGAGCGGUGAACUACGCUGCCCGAACUUACAGCGGAGUGGGGUGGGGACCGUGUACAGCUUGACAACCCUUAAUAAAGAAGGGAUUUUGACCAGGU